AUGGACGACUUGCAUGAAGUCGAAUUGUCAUGGCCCUACGGUGAUGCUUCGGACGUGAUCUUAACUGGCUCAUUCGACCACUGGUCCUGCACCAUGCAUCUGCCCAAGGGCGCUUCUGGUUUCGUAGGCAAUGUCAGGGUUCCUUGGAAUGAGAAAGUUCCAUAUAAGUUCAUUGUGGACGGAAAAUGGGUCAUCCGCAAUGACCGCCCAACAGAGUUCGAUGGUGCCGGGAACCUUAAUAAUGUUCUUAUCGCGCCCUCUAAACCCAUUCCUAUAAUGGAACACCCAUCAACCACUGGCCCCACCGACUCCAUGAUUUCAACUACCACAUUGCCUGAAGAGUCGCUGCUGUCUAGCGAGUCCUCCCCACAGAACGCGUUGGCAGCGGAUCAACAAGAUGGAAUCACUGAAUCUGAUUCCACUAUUGUUACAAGCGCUGUCGAUGAUGUAGGCGUUUCUGACAAGGAAGUUGUUUCAAAUCACGUUCCCAACAUUAUCGUCGAAUCAGCUGAAACUCCCGCAUUGAGCGGUGAGGUUGAUACUUUCCAUACAAUCGUGGAUACUGCGACGAGUGCGGCAUCGCACGUUUCAGAAGAAGUUACUAGCGCACUGGAAUAUGUUUCCUCGGGCAUCAGCUACAUGUUUUCAAGCACGCCCCGUGUUUCGACGGACAACGUCGACGUUUCGGUAACUGCACCAGCAUAG